AUGGCUGUAUAUUGCUCAUAUGUCUUAAGCUUCAAAGCAAGGGGGAUUGACAACUCCGAACAAAGAUUCAGCCACAAGAUCAAGAAUGCGAAGAACGUCAGGGGGGAUACAUGGUGUUCGAGUCCAAUCUGA